AAGGCCACGAUCAAUGUCAGUCGACUUUAGAUGCGCAAACGCACAAGCCGCAUAUCAUUUUAUAUAUUUUUUUAAUUGUUAAAAAAAAAUCUGUCACUAUGGUGUCAGCUGUGAUUAAGUUAAGUGCGGUGCUGAUGCUGGUGGGAGUCUGCUUUGCGGAUAUAAGUGAAAAACCGGUCACAGAGCUGUGCCUUGGAUGUAUGUGCCAAGCUAUCUCGGGCUGCAAGCUGGGGCAGGGUUGCGAUGGCAAUGUCUGCGGCCUGUUCCACAUCACCUGGGCGUACUGGGCCGAUGCAGGCAAACCAUUACUACCUGGUGUCUCUCCUGACUCUCCUGAUGCGUAUUCGAGCUGCGCCAACGAUCCUCAUUGCGCGGCCAACGCCGUCCAGGGAUACAUGAAGAAAUUCGGACAGGACUGCAAUGGAGACGGCGUAAUCAACUGCUACGACUACAUGGCGAUCCACAAACUCGGCGGAUUCGGAUGCAAAGGCGACCUACCUUUCCAAUACGUGAACGUCUUCAACCAGUGUGUGGCUGCCGUCGCCGCAGCCCAAGGCUGAGAAACAUAAACAACAUCUCCAAAAUAGAACAGAAAAUUAUAUAAUUAAAAAAAUAAUAACUGGCAUGCUCUAUGAAGCGAACAAGGCUGAAAAAGUUAGAAUAUUUCUUAAUAAUUAAAUUAAACUUUUAUUAAUAUUUAAACUCAAACAGAUACAUUUUUGUAAUACCCAGGCCACGGUAUAAAAAGUUAUUAUGGCAUUAGAAAAAUCCAACAAAUUAUUUCUCUAACUCUAUGUUAAUUUUUAACAUAGAGUUAGAGAAAAUUGGAGCAUGCAAUAAAUUAAAAAAUGAAUGUGGAAAAGGUAAUAAAAUACCAUUGAUUAGCAUUUAAAUUAAAAAAAUACAUAAAAUAAAGUAUCAUUCCCAACUGGAAUAUAAAAAAAUAUAUAUAAAUUGGUACCUACUUACCUACUCGUUCUAGGUAGGUACAGUAAAAUAAAUAAAUUAGUUAAUAAUAUAAAUCACACAUUUUAAAGUAUAAAUUAAUAGUUUUAGUGUAAUUAGUCAUUAUUAGUUUUUACAAGUAUAUAUUCAUGAUUUGAUUAAAUGAGACACUCUAGUACUUAAGUUCGUAAUGUAAAUAAAAAUAAAUAAAGACAUA